AUGAACUUCCUACAUUGCAUAUUUAUAUUAUUAUUUCCAGUUAUUUUGUCAUAUCCUCAUCGAGAUUCAAGUGAUUUUAAUGAUUUAUUUAAUAUUUAUAUGAAACCAAGAGAGAGAAACUUUGAAGAAACCAAUCGAAAAUUUGGCUCUCCGCGACACAAUAUGCGUCCGUUCUUGCCAUCAUUUUCCCCACAAAAAGUAUUUCAAAGUCCACUAUGUCUUCCACGAGUAUGGUCAUGCGCUCCAAAUUUACCGCCAUGCUGUCCUGGUCUUAUGUGCUAUAGUGGUAAUGCAAAACGUGGCCAAUAUUGUGUUGCGCGAGGAUAA